AGAGCAAAGACAAAAACAAUCGGCAUCUCUCACUCAGUAGAUUGUACACAGAGGGACCUAAACCGAAUUUAGUUAAUAUCUAUAUCUCGCAUCACCGACACCUACAGCACCGAGGGAGAUAUGGUUUCUCCGGUAACAGUGGUCAAGAGUGAAGGCCCUAAACUGGUGCCAUUCUUCAAGGCAACAUGUGUAUACUUUGUCCUGUGGCUGCCCACCUCCAGCCCAUCCUGGUUCAGCGCCCUGAUCAAGUGUCUGCCCAUCUUCUGCCUGUGGGUUUUUUUACUGGCACACGGAUUCAGCUUCCUAGGUGCUCACUCCAAUGCCCGCAAGAUCUUGGCUGGACUCAUCUUCUCUGCUCUCGGUGAUGCCUUUCUCAUCUGGCAGGAGCAGGGCUACUUUGUCCACGGCCUUCUGAUGUUUGCCAUCACCCACAUCCUCUACUCAUCUGCCUUUGGGAUGAAACCCAUUAACAUGCGUGCUGGCCUUGUGAUCACUGCUGUGUCCUGUCUGAGCUACAUCCUGCUGUAUCCCUACCUGUCUGGCCCCUUUACCUACCUGGUGGCCGUCUACAUCGCUCUGAUUGGCUUCAUGGGCUGGAGGGCCAUCGCAGGCCUGCAGCUGGCCAAUGACCUGUGGACCUGGACCAAGCUGUCCGCCUGCCUGGGCGCCGUACUCUUCAUGGUCUCCGACCUCACCAUCGCCGUCAACAAGUUCUGCUUCCCUGUGCCCCAUUCGCGCGCCAUCAUCAUGGCCACCUACUAUGCUGCCCAGAUGUUGAUAGCGCUAUCGGCUGUCGAGUGCCAGGAUGUGGAGGUGGCCAGGAAGAGAACAUGAGGUACCGCGGCCCCCGCAGCGACUGGCCACGAGGCUGGAAAGGUGGCAGCCAAUCCCCCUCCAGCCCUGAGUGAUUAUGGACACAUCUCACUGCCAGAUCCCCAACCCUCAGCCCUCAUCUCAGUGUGGCGCUCCCACACUGUUGUUACCAUGGCGACUGGUCCACUACAGCCAUCACAUGGCUAUCACCCACUAGUAUGGUAGUCUCACACCUGUCUUCUUACCACGAAGAUACGGUAGUAUUAUCUUCAGCCUCUCCCGACAACAGUCCUACCUGCUUCCUCUGAUCCUAGAAUGGCUGUCUCUCAACCUAGUAACCAUGGAGACAAGAGUAGUAAUAUUAACCUGCUAUAUAUAGAGAAUAUUACUUUACUUUUAACUGUUACGUUUUGAUUUAAGGGGAGCAUGUCACUGGGGACCUUCAAGGAGUGUGUGUGUGUGUGUGUGUGUGUGUGUGUGUGUGUGUGUGUGUGUGUGAGAGCGAUUUUAUGUGUGUAAGUGUGUGUGUGUGUGUGUGUGUGUGUGUGUGUGUGUGCGUGCGUGCGUGCGUGUGUGUGCGCAUUUAUGUGUGUUUGAUUAACAUUCUUACCUCGCUUUCCACACAGUCCCAUCACACACAGUCACCACACUGACAACACACAACACACACAUCUAUUUUAUAUGGUCCAAUAACACAUUUUAACAUCUUGUUUUUGUCGUUUGUUUUGUUGCCUGAGACCUUGUUAAAAAGGGAGUUUUUUUUUCUCUUACUGACUUGCCCAUGUUUGGUCUCUGUUGUUGUGUGUUUCCCUAAAUUAAGGGUGCUAUUCCUACAGUUUGGAGCAUAUCCACACCUGUUUUGUUAUCUGCAGUCCCUUCCAUUUCAUUAACAACAACCAUACUGCCUUUGUUCACGCCGCUAUUUAACAUUUGUAGCAAAUCAACAACCAGUCUCUCUGGAUGAUUUAUUUUGCUAUUAGGAUGUCCUUGAAUUACUAGAUGUGCAGGAGAAGAAUGACAGAGACAAAAAUAAGGCAAUGGGGUGGAAAGGCAAGGGGGUGGGUGGGGGGGUUGGGGUGCGUGAAAGCAGCAGCAAUUGCGUAUUGUAGCUUCAAUGGGAGUUGGAGGAGGUGGAGUUUGGUUUGUGGAAGCUCAAUUCUUCCUGCUGAGAUUUUAUUGACACUGUCCCGCUGUCACAAAGAGAACACAGCAAACAUUGCAGCCAUAGCUAACCACUGAACACAUUAUAACAUGCUGUAUAGUGCAGCUGCUUCUCCUUUCAGUGUGAACUACCGGCAGUGUUUUGCCUGCCUGCAGUUUUUUAAGAAAUGCUGGUGCAAAUGUCGACAUGUUCACACACACCUGACACCUACAGCUCCCGCUGGUUUCGUUAUUAGGAAAAGUUCAUGGGGUUCUCGCUGCUGGACUACAUCAGCCGACCCAUGUUGUCAUUGGCCUGGAACCAUGUUAUGGAGACUGAAACGAAAGGGCUAUGUAACGGGUUGGAAUCUUUUUGUUUAUCAACUCAGUGUGCAUGUGUGUGUGUGUGGGUGUCUUAUCCUCAGAGGGCAUUCACUCACUCAUGCUGACGCACACACAAACACACCAACAUGCAGCCUGACUGAAAGAAAAAAGGGACAUGAGGGGAACUGGCUUCUCAUGUGAGGGAAUAGUUGUCCCAUUAUUCCCAAUAAUUCCUUCUAACAGGACACUUCAUCAGCUUUAAUCCUGCAAAAUCCACCUCAGGUAAUCCCAGACGGGCUGUCUGAUAUUUUGUCUUUCAUCUAUCACACAUUCACACCCGUCACAUCUUUCAUUUGUUUUGGUCUAUUCAGACAUUUUAAGUUAGAAUGAAGUGUCUUACUGAAUAUUUAAGAGGUAUUCUAUAACUCUUUCAUGUUGUAUAUGCAUGUUUUCAGUGUGCCUGUGAGAGAGCGUGUGUAUCUCCUUUGUCUUAGAUGUUGAGUGAACGUCUGUGUAUAUUUAUGACCAGUCAAAACCAACUCAAGGCCAGGAAUGCUGUGAACCAUCAUAGUUUAUAUGGAGUAGAUACACUAGUGGAUAUCUUUAAUGUAUUCUCACAAGGCUCUUAAACCUGUCCUCAUACCCAUCACCUUUUCAUGUGUUUUAUAACGUCCCCUGAAUACUCACGUGUUAUAGUCAUCAAAGGAUGACUUUAAGUUUUGAUCGGGUAGAUUCAAAUUGCGGGAUGUCCACAGCUGAACAUGCCUCCUCUUGACUGUAUUACAUGUUGUAUGUGUCACUUUCGGAUUAAUACCACUAAUUAAAACCAUCAGUUUAUAUAUAUUGGAAAGAAAAUCAAUUUAAUAGAAACUGAAAGUAUUACCCACUAACAAUAAUUAACAAAGGGACGGGUUCUGUUGUUUAAUAGUUCAGUCCACACACACCUAUACAUGUCCCAUAUACCGUGCUGUAUAUAAAACAUACAGGCAUGAAAAAGAAACAGACCCAUGUUAUGGGUUCCUUCUGCUGGCUCGAUGACCCCUGGAGCUGUCGGAAGCGCACCCACAUACGCACAAAAAAAACACACACAAAUCAAAAUGUAUUUAUGCAUCACAUCAGCCACCUUGACAGAUCUGCAGGCAGACAAUGGUGUUGACACUCAUCAAGGUUUUUUUUUUUUUUCAAACAGCAACACAGUCUUAGCUUAGCUUGACCAGGAAAGACUGUCAGACCAAGCGGUUGCUGCUUUGCCAGAUAGUUCCUCAAUCUCCUUUCGGCCUGUCAGCAUGCGUGUCAGGUCAAUCUUUCUGCUUUGUCAGUCAGAAGUGGUUCAUCAAUCCAUCUGUGUGACGAAUCAUUUUCUGUCCCAUGUUUUAAUUCGUCUUCCCAGCAUUGCAAGGCAAAGUCCUGCUCGUCAGUGUUCACCGUCUUCUCAUCUCCUCAACCUCACCGGCAGAAACAUGUUAACAGUUAAUAUAAGCCUUUGUGCAGAUAGACAUCCACCGAGGCUCGCUAGCAGACACACAUUUGUCUGUUUGCUCUGUCUUAAAUCAGGGUUUAGUACAAGGAGUUCAAGGAGAGACGCUGGUUAACAUGAGCCUAAAGUAAAACCGCGAGGGGAUGACGAGAUUGAGUCAAGCAGUCUUACUCAUCCUAACUAUGUGGGCAAUUUAUGUAAGCACUACUUUCUUUGUCCUCUGCCACAUAAAGCCGCCUGAUUUUUGUUCCUGUGGUCCAGUGGCUACAUGCCAAAAGACAGGCUUUACUUUGAAGUAUUUCAGAGAUUAUUUUUGCUGGCCAGCCCACACUUUGGGAAAUGUCCAUGACUUUGUAAAGUGAAGUUGCUUUUCUGAGAACGAGAGAUCAGUGAUACCCCGUAAAGCAGUUAUUAAGCCUGUGUGGUGGAUUUUGUUUUAAAUAUUCACAGUUUCUCCUCUAUUGUUUCUAUUCUUAUUUGACUUAGGCACAGAUAACCUGAGAUCAAAGUAUAACAGAAAACUGAACUAAUUUCACUGAGUGGAACUUGUAGCAUUCAAGUCGUCUCCUGUAUCAAACAACCUUUUGUUUUGCAGGGGACAGGUGCAGGAGGGUUUUUUGGCCUUCCACUUAGGAAGGAGGUUAUUGUUGAGUGAUACUGUAGAUGGAAUUAGGUGAGGAGGUGAAAUGUGACACACGAGGGAAGACUCCCCUUCCGUUUGCUGCCAUCCUGUCCCCCUACAGAUGGCGAGCCAGCAGGCGCAUCACUUUACCUCCGCCUGUCAACAGCCCUGUUGUUCUGAGCUUUGUGCACGCAGACAAAGGGGACCUGAGAGAGCUGUGGGAGGCCGACAUGGUUCGAGUAAUGAGCUGGAAGGCAGUAGCUGUUGAAGUAUAGAGAGGGCCCGUGGUUCGGUCCCUCUGAGUAAGUUGGCACUUUUCUUUGAGUUGAAGUUUUCUAUCUUUUUUUUUUUUUGCUGUAGUUCCUUGUGAUCUUUGAUUUGAAACCUUUGCUGUUAAUGUGCUGUACCCAUUAUCAUACAGCUGGUGACCUCCAAAACAUAGAGCUGUAAAGUCUGUAUAUCUUUACUCAUGCAUGAUAAGUAGGCUGAAAUGAAUCCUCCACAUCGACACUUAUCUACAGUGAUGGAAAAGUGCACACUACACACCCAGGUGUUUUUAUUACUACGGCUGACAGUUCUCCAACAUCAGUAUGAUGUUAUUAACCUGAACCUACUGUGUGCUGCACUUUUCUGAACCGAGAGUAAGGCCAGUCAAUGUCUACUUAAAACUAGCAGCUAUAGUGUUUAAAACUAAAGGAUUGUUAUGUACUGUAUUCUUUCAAGUAUAUGCUCACAUUUCUUUUAUUUUUUUCUUUCUUUAAGAGAUAAAACAGAAGAAAACAGAACAUUUUGAUGUUGAUUGAUUGAGCACAAGAAAGUGGCACAUGAAGGCGUGACGGAGAAUCAGCAUUUUUCUUUAAAAGGCAUUAAUUGCUCUUGAAGUGUUACAAACCUCUUAAAAAGUGUUAUCAUUUUAUUUUCAGAAAAGCAGCCCAAGACGUGUUUUUUUUUGUUUGCCUGUCACUACGGGAAAAGCUGGGUUUGUUUUCCAUAAAUCACUUUUGAUUUUCUUUAUUGAAGGCCCAUUACAAUGCAUCAUUUGACUUCAUUUUUUGAACAAUUUUUUAAAAUUCUCUGAUAUACUUUUACUUUGUUGUCCUUGAUUUUCACUUUGUGAUUUCUUUCUUUCAUGACUGUAGAGACAAAAUAGUUUCUUUGCUGUAGUGAAACUGCUAUGAAUGUGAAUAUCUAUUGGAGAAAUAAAUGCAAUUGCAAUGCAACUUCAACAUAAA